AAAAAAACCCCAAAACUUUUGCCCCGCCCCCCUGCCUGGCUCAUUGCCCGGAUGUGGCUCGCUUCCGGGUGUGAGGCCAGCCUGGGCGGCUGUUGCCAGCAGCGGGUCCCCACAGCCCGGGCAGGGAGUGGGAUGGAUCCGGAGGGCGAGGCGCUGCUGCUGCAGGAGGCUCGGGAGAGCGUCGAGGCGGCGCGGAGCUACCGGCGGGAGCUGCAGCAGAGGCUGCGGGGGCUGCAGCAGGCGCGCAAGCAGAUCAGAGAGAGUGCAGCUCUGACAAGGGAUGUACUUGAGCAGCAUUUUAAUGAUUUAAAAGGGACCCUGAGGAAGCUGCUGGAUGAGAGACUAGUGUUAUUGCUGCAGGAAGUGGAUGCCAUAGAACAAGAGAGCAUCAAGCCAUUGGAUGAAUGCCAGAAACUAAUAGAACAUGGAGUCAGUACAGCUGAUGACCUGCUCCAGGAAGGAGAGAGUGUCAUCCAUGAGGUCAUGGGAGAGCAGAAUGAAAACCUAUGCAACUUUACAAAAAAGGCUUUGCACAUUCAGCUGGAUAGCUUGCCAGAAGUGCCCGCCUUGGUUGAUGUGCCUUGUUUAUCUGCCCAGCUGGAUGACUGUCUUCUUACUAUAGUGAAAAAUCAAAUCUUCAACCAUGGGACUGUAGCAUCUCGGCCACCUGUACAGAUAGAAGAACUUACUGAGAAGCCUGGCGGUAUCCUAGUCCGGUGGUGUAAGGUGGAUGAUGACUUUAUACCACAAGACUACAGGCUUCAGUAUCGCAAGAGUACUGCCAAUCACUUUGAAGAUGUGUAUGUUGGCUCAGAGAUGGAAUUCAUAGUACUACAUAUCGACCCAAAUGUUGAUUACCAGUUCAGAGUCUGUGCCCGGGGUGACGGACGCCAGGAAUGGAGUCCAUGGAGUAUUCCACAAACUGGCCGUUCUACAUUAGUUCCUCAUGAAUGGACAGCAGGGUUGGAGGGUUACAGCCUGAGCAGUCGAAGAAACAUAGCACUUCGAAAUGAUUCUCAGUCAUGUGGUGUGCUCUACUCCAAAGCUCCUACCUACUUCUGUGGGCAGACAUUAACGUUCAGAAUCGAAACAGUUGGUCAGCCAGACAAACGAGACAGUAUAGGAGUGUGUGCGGAACAGCAGAAUGGCUACGAUUCUUUACAGCGAGAUAAAGCAGUAUGCAUUAGUACAAAUGGGGCAGUAUUUGUAAAUGGCAAAGAGAUGACAAACCAAUUGCCUGCUGUUACUUGUGGAUCAACUGUGACAUUUGACAUGGAAGUUGUGCAUUUAGGUCCCAACAACAAUGAGGGAGGAAACUCCAAACUCAGAGUAACCAUCAGUUCCAACAACAGGGAAGUAGUUUUUGAUUGGGUACUUGAUCACUCAUGUGGUUCUUUAUAUUUUGGAUGUUCAUUCUCCUACCCAGGCUGGAAGGUGUUAGUGUUCUAGCCUCUCUAGUUGUUCGCUGUAAAUUUUAAAAGUUGAAUUCAUUUUUCCAGCUUUUAGUAUCUAACUUGGAUUUAACAAAACUUGUCUUUACAUCACUUGAAGGUCACUAUGUUGUACUUAAAUUCAUUUCAAAAUAAUGGAAAACAUGAUCUAUUACUCUAUAAAAAGCUAAACAGCAAUUAAUUUCAUACAGCCUUGGAAUAAAAACUGGAAAAACCUCAGGGUACAUAUAUUGAAUGGAAUGAACUUUGUUUACUGCUGCUGUUCUGUGAAACAAGCCUGUAACACUUUUGGCUUAGGGUUAACGGUCCAAAGUUUUAUCUAUCCCACCUACAAUAAGAGCAAAUGACCUUAGUAAAUUUCAGAUAGACUUAGUUACAAAAUGCUGCAGCUUAAACUUUAAAAAGUCAGAACUGUCAUGGUUCUGCCUAAUACAUUUUCUUCUGGCUGUGGUAUGGUUUGUCAUCAUUCCCCCAAAAUAAGAAUGUCUGAGCCUUAAGUAUGUUGAAAUAUGUAGUCAGGCUGUUAAGUGUCAUUUCUUUACCAGUGUGCUUUACCUUCAAAUACUGAACAGUAUUUUGUGUGUCUUCUGGAAUAAGUUUGAUAAACCACAUGGACCAUGCUUAAGACCCCGCUUUAGUACCAUGAACUAUGGAACUUAAGUCAAACCAUAAAGCAAAGAAUGAUAACUUAUUUUCUUGCUCUAUUAUAACAAAGUGUAGUAGUAUAGGAGUUUACUAUGAAUUUGAACAGGGUAGUUAUAAAUGACUGGGUAACCGUAUUAAACUAGGCCUGUUUCUAGUCCAGAGACUAUUAGUGUUACUUGGGUUUACAAGAGCAUGUUAACAAAAAAGUGUUUAGAGCCCUAAAAUACAAUAAAUAUAUAAAAAACCUUUGCUUACCUCAAAAGCAAAUAUUGUGUAUAUAAAGCAAUUGUGGCAGUUUUUUUAAAUACAGGUGGUGAUAUUUUGUAAGCUUUCUACUAGAACAUCGUAAGACCUUGCCCUAUUUCUUUCAUUUAAAUAUACCCAUGGCUGUGGUAGCUACAGAUGCCCCAUAUCCUAGUCUCAAAUAAAGUUACCCCAUUUGGGCUAUGCAUUUUUCCUGUCUUCACCCUAAAAGGAUGUAAGAGAAGCAAGUUCAUUUUAAGACGGGCAAAAAUUAGGGCAUGGAAAAACUCAGAGGGGAGGGAUUAUUCACAUUAGAGAACAUGUUGAAAGUGGGAAGAAGCUAAAGUAGGAACCUUUAUUCCCGUUCUUGUUACACAAGAAAUGUAUUAAUGUAAGUGAAAAGCAGAAAUUUCAAGUAGAUACCAAAACUCUCCUUAGCCACCACAGAACUAGAUUAAGAUUUACUGUGAAAAGAAGGUGAGAAUUAAGAAUCAGCUACAGGUAAUACCCAUUAUGAGAUUUUUGGAUCCUCAAACUUCAUCUUAUAAACCGUUCAUUGGGGAGUAGGAGGCAACUUUGUCUGGGAACAGGUUAAGUGCAGGAUUUCUUCCUUUGAAGCAGCUGAUAGAGGACAUUUCGUGUACUGGAUUAAAUGGACCACUGAUCUGAUGCAAUUUUUUUUUUUAACAUAAUAUAGUUCAUCUAGGAAAGUGCUUUUGAAGACUAUUCAUGUAGUAUCCCUAUUUACAGCAGAACAGAGUGUACAACUUGCCAAUAGUCAAGUUAGCACUGAAGCUGGCAGCAGAACAGAAGUCUGUUUCAUAUGCCCAUGCCUUAACCACUGGAUAUUACUGACCCCUUUCGCUGUGAGUCCAGAUGUUAGGUAGUGGGUGUGUAUGAUUAACCUCCAUAAAACUCGACUUCAAGCAAAGACAGAAGGGUAUUCACUCUGAGGCAAAUGUACACCUCCCUCUUCUGGUGAAAGGGCUGGUAAGAAUAGGUAACUAUCAAAAUAUAAAAUGGAGAUACAUUAUAUAGGGCUUUGUUCACACAGUUCAGUAUACUCCUAUCUGAGAUAGUUCUCUGUCAGCUUGUUCACAGUACAUACUACAAACCAGUUUAAAAAAAUUUAAUCUGUAGUAAGGGCUGGUACAUUUGUACAAGAUUUGAGAAAUGUCCAGCAAGGUAAACUAGCCCCUGCACUACUGCAACAAACCUCACUCUCUCUAGCUUUUAGGGAGGGUAUAAUUGAGGUCAAAUCAGUCUUACCGUAGAUCACGAAGUUUAAGUAGGUAAGUCACUUAGAUUAAAACCCAUCUUUUGCUGUUAUCCAAAAUGUCAGCUUCCAGCUGUUUGUAAAGACAGAUUUGUUGUAGAUGAUCACAAAGGCUAACAGCAUGAAUUACUAGAUAGGUACUCUUCAAACAUCAAAGUACUCACCUGUACUGUUAAUCCUUUUAAAGAACCUUAUUACUGUGGCAGGAGCUUCUCCAAAACAGUUAAAGGUUUCAGCAGAUUGAAGGCUUGCAACUGCUUCAAAACAUGUUCCACAUCUAAAUACGAGAGUCAUGCAAAACAGCUUGUUGUAAAUACAAAACUGCUUAUGAAACUUUGAAAGUAUGUUCUCUGAAGCCAUAAUACUCACUUACCUCAAUGACAGAUGUUUGUCUUGUGAAAUUAUUUUUUAAAAAUAAAAGUUGAUCCCUGAA